CCAGCCACGAAUGGCGGCUUCCUACGAGUGAGAACAAGAACUGUUAAACACGGAUGUUUACAUACACAUUUGCAAAGAGACUGCCCGCUGACUUGUGUGAGAAUGCAGUGCAGAUGACCUAGGAGACCUCUAAGGACACAGUGUCUUGCUUUCUUCAGUUAAAAUGAAAAGUAACCUCAAGCAGCACAUCACCUCUAUGGUGAAAGACAUCAUUCCACUUGGUGUUCCUCGGCGUUCCAGUGCUGAUGAGACGAGCACAAUUCGCCUGGUGACACGCCGCCCAUCUCAGGAGCCUGACAACAAGAAUGUAAACACUCUGGGAGUCUUAAACCCACUGCCAAAACGCAUGCUGCCUCUCAAAAGUCCUGAGCUGGAGCACACAAGUACGUCUGCUGUAGCCUCAUCUUCAGGUUCCAAAAAAAGCUCUGGAGGAGGUCAGGACGGACUCUCCAAUAACAAUGUGCUCAUGAGAAAACUGCAAAUUAACAACAAUAACAACAUUCACUCCAGUAAAGAUGGGUCACUCCAGUCUGCUGCUAAAAAAGGUGUUCUGUUCCAAAGGACAAAUUCUUACAACAAAGAGAGGGAAUUUGCCUUGGCUUUGUGUAAGCAGUUGAACGAGAACCUCAAGGUUGAAAAGGUUAUGUUGCACUCAGGGAGCCCCCCGCAGCAGAGUCCUGUGUCUCCCCUGCCUGUUUCCAGGCCUUUUUCUGAGAGCCAUGCUUCAUCGACCUCUCAGAGGGAAGGUAGGAACCCUGGCAGCAGUGUGGAACAGCGGGUCCAGCACUCUGCUGAAAAGGAGGACAAGCUGCUGAAUGGGGAUCGCAGUUCUUCUUUACACAGCCCUGUUUCAUCGUGCCCGGAAGAAAGCACACCCAGCCAGACAACCACACCAGCAGGUGGUAGGUUAUCCCUGAAGAGACAAAGAGAAAGCAGUACAGAUGGAAAGAGGGAGGGCAAGAGAUUGCGUCAGGAGGACAGUUGCCUCACCCCGUCUUCUGCAAACAUCAGUUCUUCAACUGGAGCUCAGAGUAUCAGCUCACCACCAAAGUACGUCAAAUGUGCCAUCCUCAAGACAAGUAGUGAGAAGGGCUCGCUAAUAUUAGAAGACAGAAAAAAGACUUCUAGCUCUUUGUCCAGCAGUUUAGCCAGACAGCUCUUCAAAGAGCCAAGCAGAGAACCAAGGUCGGAGAAUUGCAAACCCCAGCUGGUAACUCAGCCCUCUAAUGUAUCCGGAAUAGGUCGUCUGAAGGACGAGAAAAAAAAAUCUAAUGAAAGCAAAUGCCAAGUGGUUAGUUCGCUCACUGCUGACACUUCCCCAUUACUUUCCUGCAAGCUUACCCAAAAGUGCAGGGAUGAAAGAAGUUCAGCUGCCUCCUCACACACAAGUUCCUUGCCAGGUCUUAUAAAUGAAAUUAAGAUCAGCUCUCCUCCCCACCAGUCAGAACUUAAAGCACCUACCUCUAUUGGCCCCAUGGGAUCAAAGAAGGGUGAAAUAAAGACCCCAAAACAGGACCCAGAUUCUAGCCCCAGAGCUAGCCUGCCCUCCACACCUGCAAAGCAGGAUGGAGAGAAGAAAAGAGGCGUAGUUUGGAAGGAUCCUCUAGAUUUGGAGUUGGGCUAUGAUGGGGAGUUGGGACUGGAGAGCUGUGCUCUGAGUCUUAACAGCAGCAGUAGCAGCGAUGAGGAGCAGCUGCUGUCCUUGCAGGAAAUCCUGGAGCGUAGUGCACGUGUGCCCACCACCCCAGAGAAAGGAGCGUUCUCUGAGCCCAGCACACCAGCCCCUAAAGCUACUCCUCAGGAUUUGAAAAGUAAAGUUAAAAGUUACAAGAACACACUGGAGCAGAUGCUGAAGGAGAAAGAGCAGAAUCAAAAGUCAAAAGAGCUUGAAAUGCAGUUGCUUCAGGCUUGCAAAGAAGACCUGUUGAAACUGGAGGAAGAUGAAGAGAAUGAAAAUGCAGAAGCAGCACUUUCACAUGAGCAGAGGGAAUUCUUACAGAAGUUCUCAGUCACCUCGUGUGCCAUUAAAGACAUCCACCCCGGGGAGGAAGUGUUCACACUGGCCAAUUUUGGCCGACUUUUCGAUCACCAGAGUCUGGACCUAAGGAAGAUCAGUGUGACCCCAAACAACAGAGCCCAACAGACCCUCCUGCAAGCACCGACAGAGCAUGUCCUACUGCUGCUAAGUGCAGGCUUGUUUAGGAGAGCCUACUCCACCUCCAGCUGCCAGCCUCAAGUCACACGCUGGCUCUUCCAGAUGAUGUCAGUCCACCCAAACCCCAGCACCUGUGCACAGAUUCUGCAGGCCAUGACUACUAUUGCCUUGUCUGCUGCUCAGCACAUAGUGGAGAACAGCAGUAAGAAGUUUGAGGUGUGGGUGCCCAGUAUACAGGACGUUGCCCUAGUCUUCCUCAACAUGGGUGUGUCAUUUGUCAAUCUGUUUCCUCUGGAGGCUCUGCAACCCCCUUUUACAGAGGGAGAUCUGCUAGAGAGUUUGGAAAUCCAGCCUGACAGAGCAAGAACUGAGAAGGAACGAGACACAUUUCCAGAAUACAAUUUUGAGAACAUUGUUAAGUACCUAGCACUAUGUGCUGCCUUGUGUCCAAGGGCAUACACUGAUGAGGAGCUGCUGUUACUGUUGACACUGAUGUGUAGAGUCAGUCUGGAGACCUCUUUACAGCUGCUGCCGACAGGAGACCUCAGCUGCCUGCUACAACACAUCCUUCAGAACAUGACACAAUGGGAAAUCCAGUUGCCUCAGGUUUGUCAGGCCAUCAUUGACCUGACUGAGGACCACCAUAACCUUAGACGGCUAGUGCAGCUCCUGCCUUAUAGUGUCCGGGGAAAGCAAUUGAGGAGGCAUCUGAGCGUAUCGAUCAUCUCAAAACUGUUAAAUCACAGAUGCACUUAUAAACCCUCAUGUGUGGAAUUUCAGUUGUCAGAUCUGAGGAGUUACUUACCUCGAAUGCGUCCCUCCUCCCUGUUAAAGGGCUUCAUAGCUACACAGAAAGAACAGCAGGAGACUGAGGACUGUGCCCUCACACCAGACCAGCAGGCAUAUUACCUCUGUUAUAGUCUUUUGGCUUUGACAAACGAAGCCUCCAAUUUUGAGUUUUUACCCUCAAACCAGAGAAAUGAACUGUUGCUGCUCUCUGCUGAACUGGAAAAACACAUCAAGUGUGACAUCAGGGAAAGUGAGAAAAUGCUGUACAGGAGUAAGGUGAAAGACUUUGUUGCAAGAAUUUACACCAGAUGGCAAGUACUCCUCCAAAGAUCACGGCCCCAGGAGGGGAAGCUGUAUGACUAUUGGAAACCUCUUCCUGAGGAUGAAAUGCCCAUUAAUGAAGAGAGCCUUUCCACUGAGCAUCCAAAGCAAGAGGCCACAGAGGAGCCUCAGAGUGGAGAUUCCAACAGUGCUCAGUCAGAGGAUGAAGAAUGGGUGGAGGCAGAAGAUGACUUGCCAAUCAAGAGUGAGGAAGAGCUAGAAGAGAGUGUUGGAGAGACUGAGGAGAAGAAUCGAGUAGUGCAGGAGGGUUUAGGUGACACAAAAGUAGAUGAACAGUUGGUAAAGCUAGAUGAUGAAGAUGAGGAGGAGAAACGUAACACACCUGUAGAUGAGGGGUCACUGGAAGGAGGAAGUCCUGAAGAGUUUAUGGAGAGUGACAUAGAUGAAGAGGUUAUUAAAAGAGAAGAUGAGCUUCUUAAGGAUGAAGAGCCUCUACAGAAAGAUGGAGGUCUUAUGGAGAGAGAAAAUGAUGAGCUGGAGGAACUGGGGCUUUUAGAGAAGGAGCUGUUAGAGUAGGUAGUGGGCUGAAAGGACAGGUCAUAUAGUUGACAAAUAGAUCCAUGAAAAGAACAGCUUGGUAAUGAAAGGUCCCUUACACACUACAUAGUUAAGAGGUCCCUUUUUUUCACAGCCUUUUGGUCUUAUUUCAGCAAAUGCGAUGAACAGUACUGGGAGUUUGGGCAGCAAGAACAUGUGACACUUUAUGCUCAACUUGAACGCUUGCUCAUUUUCCAGUAACAGUAGUUUUGAAUCGUGAAGUAUAAAUGAGCAGGAUCAUAUUAAUGAUGCCGUGUAAUGUGGAAGGUGUUGCAGUUGUAAGUAUUUAUAGACGUUGUAGUGUGUAAGGGUCCUUGUUCCCUAGCACCUUUUGUAAAGCAAGCCUGAUGCACUGCACUGUACUGCCUUAAUAACCUUUAAAGGCGACUUCCUCAUUCAGCACUUCUCAUGCAGGCCAGUUGUUCAUCCACAAUGGAUGCCCAGUCCCUCUAGAUUUCAGUAGGUUUUUUGUUCCAGCCAAAUGCAAAAAUUAUUUUAUUAUCCAACGAUGCAACGCACACUCAUCUCUCAGGCUCAAGAAUUCUACUCUUUAAGCUGCUGUUUGAUAUGUAUGUUAAAUUUUCAUGUUUUUCAGUUUUGAUAAUUAUAUAGUUUUCUUUAACAUUUUUGCUAAGGUUUAAAUAUAUCUUUUCCUAUGUUUGUUUGUCUUUUUUAAAAUGGUAAAGAUGAGUGUCUUGAGGCACUGCCAAGGA